UUUGCAUAGGUGGUUAUGUGAGUCUAUCUCCAUUAAACUCUUCGAAACACAUGACAUCAAAUCCAACCCUGUAACCGCAAACCUUAAACUUAGAAGCACGCAGUUUCGGUGCUUAAUCCAAUCCAAUUUGCUUAUUGUUCGUUGCCUCUGUAAUUAAGCAUCAAAUUCAUCCAUGUGAGUAUAUUUUACCUAAUCUCUCUUUGAUUUCAAUGAUGCUAUUCAUUAUGUUCCACCAACCCUUUAUAGUUUACUAAUCUAUUUUCACCAAAUUUUGAUAAAAAUUUGAUCUUUACCCUCUUUGCCGCAAACCCUUUUUUCACCAUGUUGAAUCAUGGAUACAAAUCAAAGCAAAGGAGUAGUGCUCACAAUUGCAGGAUUCAAGUACUUGUCAUGUCUUUUAUAUUGAUGCUAAUGUUAGUGAUUCUCUUUUUUAUAUUUGAUAAUGUUAAUGAUAAUGAUGGUGAUGUAAAAGUAAAAGUUAAACCAAGUUUAGCUUAUGAAUCUCAUAAACAAAUAUGGAAUAGUUUUGAUUCUUUGGUGAAAUUUCAUCCAACAAGAGAGUUUAGGAAUGGAACAGAUUUGAUAUGGCAAAUACCUGAAUCACCUAAAGGUGUUCUUUUUCUUGCUCAUGGAUGUAAUGGAAAAGCCAUUAACUUUUGGGACAAAUCAAUUGAAUGUCCUAAUUGUAUUGGUUUGCCUGAAGAAAGGUUGCUUGUACUUCAUGGUCUUGCUCAAGGUUUUGCUGUUAUUACAAUUUCAAGUGCAAAUAGAUGUUGGAGUUUUGGUAAAGAACUUUUGGUUGUUAAAGAUAUUCUAGAGUGGUGGAUUGGUAAGAGGAAGCUUGAAAAACUUCCUCUUGUGGCUUUAGGUGCUUCGUCCGGAGGAUAUUUUGUAUCUUUGCUUGCAUCUUCUAAGAAGUUUAAUAGUAUUGUGCUUAUGAUUGCUGAAGGGAUGUUUGAUGAAAUUGAUAUUAAUGAGGAUUACCCUCCUACACUUUUUGUUCACAUGCCUAAAGAUCUUUAUCGACAGCAGAAAAUCGAUGAAUAUGUUAUGGUUUUGAAGGAUAAAGGCAUUGAUGCUGGUGUUGUUGAAUGUAUGGAGUUUCCGUUGUCGCCAGAUACUUUAGCUGAUAGGAUUCCUGGUAUUGAUCAAACUCUUUCUAGAAAUUUAUUUGAAAUAUUUAAGGAAAAGGGCUUUAUUGAUGAAAAGGGAUAUAUGAGGAAAGACGGUCGGAAAAUGAAAUGGCAAAAUAUUCUUGACGAGAGGAAAAAUCUCUUGAUUGAUAAACAUUUGAUCCCUCAUAUCCAGGAGGAGCUAAACCUUGCAUUUUCUUACCAUGAGAUGACGAGUGUGCAUUCCGACCAAAUUUUUAAAUGGUUUGAAUCUCAUAUUGGCUGAUUAGAACUUACAAUGCUCUCUGGUGUUUUAAUUUCUGUCUAAUUGUAAAAAAAAAAAAAAAAAUAUAGCCAAAUGGGAGAUUUAUGUCAUUGAAACCACUUGUAUUCGAAGAGAGCGAAGGCCUCUCCUUUUAUCCAUUCUCAAGAGAUAGAAUUUCUCAACUAUGUAAUACUGCCAGAAGUUAUCAAUUGAAAAGGUAUGCUUCUGAUCUUUUGUGCCAAAACCAUAUGUGCAUUGGCAAGUGGCCUUCUGAAUGUUAUCAUAAAUUUUGUUAGAAUUGAGAUCUUACGGCUACUUUUUCCUUUUCUUUUGAGAUCUGACGCAAUAAUCGUUGGACUUGGUUAAUCUUUUAAAUUUGGAUACACUGGUGGAUUUGUGUUUCAAAAUAUUCUUUUGUAAUAUGGCUGUGAAAUUAUGAUCCUAACACACUGUUGACUAUGAUAGGCAUGCUCGACUACCUGAAUAGUAUUCUUAUGGGAACAAUGAACUUGAAAUUCUUUGUAAUUCCAUUUACUUCCUCUAGAACAAUGAAUGAAAACUUUUCUUUUUCA